AUGAAUGAUGAUGAGUUACCAAUGAGAAAGUUUAAAAGCACACUCACCUUUCAGGAUGGUAGAUACAGUGUUACCUGGCCAUGGAAAGAAGAAAAUCCAGAUUUACCCGAAAACAAAGGACUUGAAUUGGACGACUUAAGUCGUCUGAAACAUGACAUUUAUGUGGACAACAUUAUAACCGGAGCAUCCAGCGAUGAACAAGCUGUAGACUUGUAUAAAGAAGCAAAAAGCAUGUUUAAAGACGCCUCAAUGAAUCUUCGGGAGUGGAGUUCAAGUAGUGAAAAAGUAAACAGUCUUAUUCCAGAGGUUGACAGAUCCACUGAAACUGAAACUAAGGUUCUAGGACAUGUUUGGGGCAUAAAAUCAGAUAUUUUGUCAGUAAAAUCUGCUUAUGCCACUGCAAUCUAUCUACAGCAAGAAAAUGCAACUGAUGUGAAAUCAAACUUGAUCUUUGCCAAAACACGUCUUGCUCCAGUCAAGGCAAUGACUAUACCAAGACUAGAGGUAAUGGCAGUGCUCAUAGGUGUUAGGUGUUUGAAAUUUGUGAAGACACAAUUAAUGAUAGAAAUAUCGCAAGAAUACCUUUGGACCGACUCUCAGGUAGCAUUAGACUGCAUUAAUAUUAAAAAGCAACUUCCCGUAUUUGUGAAAAAUAGAGUUAAAGAAAUCAAAAACAAUAAUUGUUCGAUUAUUGCUCAUGUAGACACAAAAAAUAAUCCAGCUGACAUUGCAACUCGAGCUAUUGUGUUAAAGUUCAUUAGGAAACUCAAAAAUCUAAAAGAUGAUGCAAAAUAUCUAACUUGUGACGGCUUACGAGAAGCUGAAAAUUUGUGGAUAGUUAAUGUACAAAAGAACAUUUAUAAUAAGGACUAUAAGAAUAUUCAAAAGAAAAAGCCGUCCGGACUACAAAGACAACUCAGACUGGUUAUCGACAACAAUGGAUUAUUGCGUUGUACUGGGCGUUUGGGGAACUUUUGCUUAUCAGAAGGAGAAAGACAGCCUAUUCUUCUACCUCACAAAGAAGAGUUUACUGAACUAGUGAUUCAAAGGGCACAUAAAGAGUGUAUGCAUUAUGGAAUAUCACAUACGCUAUCCAGAACAAAACAAACAUAUUGGAUAACUCGCGGUCGUUCAGCGGUCAAAGCAGCAUUAAAUAAGUGUAAUGUUUGUCGCCGCUACGAUGGAGGCCCAUACAAAAUGCCUGUUAUGGCCGCACUUUCCAGUUCAAGAGUACAAAAGUCAAGUGCAUUUUCACGAACUGGAUUAGAUUAUCUUGGACAUUUGAACAUUAAAACAUCAAAUGGUAAUAGAAAAGUCUGGAUGUGUUUAUUUUCGUGUAUGACAACACGUGCUAUUCAUUUGGAAGUGAUUCAGGAUUUAAAUACAGAAGAAUUCCUGAUGUGCUUGCAACGAUUCAUUUCGCAAAGAAACACUCCUAUCGAGAUUGCUUCUGAUAACGCUGCUCAGUUUAAACUUGCAAGUAAAGUAAUAAAUCAUAUAUGA